AUGUGGUCACCCCCUCCUUCAGAACCCUUCCAUAGCUCACCAGUGCCCUCAGGGUGAGGCCCAGAUGCCUGGCCAGGGCCCACAGGGCCUGCGGAGGGCCUGUGCCCUCCUGUCCUCCUUCCCCAGCCCCACUGGCCACCUCACUCCUCCUCGGACCUGCCAAGUCAGUCCUGUCCCUGAACUUGCUGUUCCUGCCGGUCUUCCGCCCUUUGCCAGAUCUGUGCUUUGUCCUCGGGGCUCAGCUUAAGCGUGCCCUGCGUGCCACCCACCCACCCAGCCAUCCUUUGUCUCCAUGGUCCUCCAACUUGAGCUUGCUUCCGAACCUCCUGGGCCCGCCCCCAGGGGCUGAUUCAGGAGGUCUGCAGUGGGGCCGGAGUCUGCACGUCUGACGGCUUCCGGGGGCUGCUGCUGUGUGAGCAGCCGUAGGGUCCUGACCCGUCCUGAGAUCCUCCUCCUCGUGGAUGGGUUCUCUUAUUGAUUAUCUCUGUUCCCCACCCGAGUGUCGGGUCCCCGAGGGCGGGGAGCGUGUCUGUCUGGCUCACUUCUGCCAGGCAGGUGCUUGUGCGUACUUAGAGGUAAAUGACUGGGGUUUGGGGUCAGUAUGGGCUCCGUAUGCCAGGCCGAGGUGUCUGGGGUGCCUGUCGGGGUCGGCGUAGGGGUGUGGACACGGGUGCGCUGGGACAGUGCAGGGCCGGGUACUCCGUUUCCGUCUGGCAGCCCCUAGUCCAGCCAGAGUGCCUCCGUGUGCUGGGCUCUGUGUGUAUCACCUCACUUUCCCCUCUAGACAGCCCUGUGACUCCAUUAUGCUCAAGAAGAAACUGAGGCACAGAAAGCCUCAGACACUUGCCCAAGGUCACACAGGGAGGAAGUGGCUGCACUGAGUCCCGGCCCCCUGAGGGUCGGCAAGUCACAGGCCUGGCUGAAUCCAAGUUCUGUGAGGGGAGGGGUGGAGGGUCAAUCGUUUAUUCAGUCCCCAGGACAUUCAGUCGCCAGGAGCAAAUGCUCGUGGAGCACCUACUGUGUGCCAGGCCCGUUCUAGACCAUGGGGAUGCAGCGGGGAUCAAAACCUCUUCCCAUGUGGAGCUCACCCCUGGUGCAGGAGGAUAAGAAAUGAUAACAGAGAGAGGGGCAGGUGGGGAGUGAAGAGAAGGCAGGUUGGGGAGGGGGAUCGGGAGAGUGGGUGGUGUGGUUUAAAUAGGGGAGUGAGGGAAGGCAUCUUGGAGAAGUGUCCCUUGAGCAGAGACCUGAAGGAGUUGAGGGAGCCCCGGAGACUUCUGGGAGGAAGGGCAUUUGGGCAGAGGGCACGGCCAGGGCAGGAACCGGGGGAGGGUGAGUGAGGGGCCCUGGGAGGGUCCGACCCUGGGCCAUUCCCUGGAGUGAGUGCAGCCAGGGAGGGCUCACCAGGAGGGCCCAACCUGACUGGGUCACAGGCUCCCCGGCUGCGUGUGGAGAGCAGACAGACCAAGGGGGCCAGGGACAGGAGCAGGGGUCCAGGGAGACGUGGACCUUCCAUAGUCCAGGGGAGUGGCAGGGGCCCGGGUCACCAUCUAUUUCAUUUGUUUAUUUUAUUUCACAAAGUAUUUAUUUCACAAGUAUGACAUGAAUGCCCACCCUGGCAUUGUCCUGAGCAAUACUGGGGACGGAGCAGUGACCAAGACAACACCAAGCGUGCCACCAGGGAGCUCACAGACCAGUGGGGCAAUGGAGUUGUCACCAGACAGUGACUGCCCAGAGCAGUCAGGUCUGGUCGGGGCAGCCUCGGCCGAGUGGUGGCCGAGGGGUUAGGGAUGGGCUGGGCGCUGCCUGGGAACGUGGGCACCCACAGAAGGGAGCUGGUGUCCCGGAGGGAGGCGGUGUGCGAGCAAGGGUCCUGAAGGAUGCAGAAGAAUUUGCUGGACAAGGAAGAAAAAGGCCAGUCUGGACAGAGGGCACAGCCUGUGCUAAAGCUCGGAGGCGAGAGAGAUAUGUGGGUGGCCCCGAGUGCCCGAGGGACUCCUGCCUCCGCCCCAGAGGAGCUCACGGCCCCCAGUUUGUAAUAAAACCAGCCAUGCAUCCUGGACAAGUGGCUCAGGGCUUUGCGCCUCAGUUUCCUCGUCUGUAAAGCAGGAAUGGUAAUAGUAUCAGAUGCACAGGAGUGUGUAAGAAAUAAGACUGAUCAGAGGGAGAGCUUGCCACAGUUCCCAGUAUAGUCAACAAUGAAUGUCCCCUUCAAGUUCCCGAUACUUACCCCACGGCCCUAUUACACUUCAUGUUAUUCAGUCCUCUGAGUGUUCUGUUGUUCCUGUCUGCCUUCCCACCUGAAGCUGGGUUCCCCAAGGCAAGAGUCGUGUCUGGUGGCCUCUGUUGCUCCCAGCUGGGACUAGCGCACGGAUGAUUCCUGUGGCCACCAGUGUUCACUGAGCGUCCACUGCGCGCCAGGUGCAGUGUUGGGUGCUGGGAACUCGUGGCAGCCAGGACCUCCUAAAGUUCACAAUCUGGGGCAGACAGUAAACCGAAGAAGUCAACAGGAUGAAUUGAGAUGGUGUGAGGUGGGACUGGUGGCUGGGGGGCUCCUUCAGGCUGAGGACCAGGCUGGGAGAAGCAUUUGAGCUGAAUGAGAUGGAGCCCGUCAUGCUGGGGCUGUGGAAGGACAUCCUGGCAGAGGGACAGCAAGUGGAGAGGCCUUGGUGCAGGAGUGCAGCUCGUGAGCUUAAGGGACAAAAGGAGGCUGGAAUGGCUGGAGUGGAGAGAGUGACGAAGAGAGAGGGCAUGAGGUCACAGUGGGGAUGGGGGCCACACGAGGGCCUUGGGCGCCCAGGUGAAGACUUUGCUUCUACAGGAGCGAGGUGCAGCCAGGGGAGGCUCUGAGCCAGGAGGGCCUGACCUGACUCGGGUUCACAGGCUCCCUCUGGCUGUGCGUGGAGCGGACUGUAGGGGGCGGGGACGGGAGCAGGGAGACUGGGAGGAGGCUGCUGAGAUGGUCCAGGAGGCAGAGGAUGGAGGCCGGGCCAGGGCACUGGAGCAGGGGAGGUGGGUGUAAUAGAAACAAUGGAAAUAGAUUUGGGAGGUGGAGCGGGUGGGACUUGCUAACAGGCUAGAAAUGAGGGAUGAGGGAAGGAAAGACAUUAGGAAGAUACAAGCUCAAGCAACUAAGUGGGAAGUGGCUGCUCGAUAAAUAUUUAUUGUAUGAGUGAAUUAAUAAGUGAGCUUAAAAAACAGCAGGCACUGGGGCCGGCCCCAUGGCCUAGUGGUUAAGUUUGGCAUGCUCCGCUUCAGUGGCCUGGGUUUGGUUCCUGGGCAUGGACCUACACCACUUGUCAGUAGCCAUGCUGUGGCGGCAGCCCACACACAAAAUAGAGGAAGAUUCGCACAGUUGUUAGCUCAGGGCGAAUUUUUCUCAGCAAAAACAAAAAAACCCCAGCAGGCAUUACUGAGAGCUCGCUAUACGCAGGCUCUGUGAGAAGCACUUUCCACGCACUGAUUUGUUUAACUCUCCAAACAACAGAUGGGGACCUGUACUCAUCACCCCCCGGCUUACAGAGGAAGUACUCGGGGACUGAGAGUCAGGGACGCUGCUCCGGCCACACUGCUAGGAAAUGGAGUAGAACGGCACCACCCCCCACUCUGGCCGGAGCACGCCGAGCAGCUCCCCAUCUCUCCGUAAGCGGCUGCAGCUCUUGCCCACAAGCCGACCGCCGCCUGAGCCAGAACCGGGCACCAUGGUAGAGAAGGGGUCGGACAGCUCCUCAGAGAAGGGCGGGGUGCCCGGGACACCCAGCACCCAGAGCCUGGGCAGCCGGAACUUCAUCCGCAACAGCAAGAAGAUGCAGAGCUGGUACAGUAUGCUGAGCCCCACGUACAAGCAGCGGAAUGAGGACUUCCGGAAGCUGUUCAACAAACUCCCUGAAGCUGAACGCCUCAUCGUGGAUUACUCGUGUGCCCUGCAGCGGGAGAUCCUCCUCCAGGGGCGCCUCUAUCUCUCCGAGAACUGGAUCUGCUUCUACAGCAACAUCUUCCGCUGGGAGACAACGAUUUCCAUCCAGCUGAAGGAAGUGACGUGUCUGAAGAAGGAGAAGACGGCCAAGCUGAUCCCCAACGCCAUCCAGAUCUGCACGGAGAGCGAGAAGCAUUUCUUCACCUCCUUCGGGGCCAGGGACCGCUGCUUCCUCCUCAUCUUCCGUCUCUGGCAGAACGCGCUGCUUGAAAAGACGCUGAGUCCCCGCGAGCUCUGGCACCUGGUGCACCAGUGUUACGGCUCAGAGCUGGGCCUCACCAGCGAGGACGAGGACUAUGUCUGCCCCCUGCAGCUGAACGGUCUGGGGACUCCCAAGGAAGUGGGAGAUGUGAUCGCGCUGAGUGACAUCGCCCCCUCGGGGGCAGCUGACCACAGCCAGGAGCCGAGCCCAGUGGGUUCGCGCCGCGGCCGUAUCACCCCCAACCUUUCCCGGGCCAGCAGCGAUGCAGACCACGGGGUAGAGGAGGACAAGGAGGAGCAGACGGACAGCCAGCCAGACGCCUCCUCCAGCCAGACCGUGACCCCGGUGGCCGAACCCCCGAGCGCAGAGCCCACCCCGCCUGACGGGCCCACCACCCUGGGCCCCCUGGACCUGCUGCCCAAUGACGAGCUGCUGACGGACACGAGUAACUCCUCCUCGUCCACGGGGGAGGAAGCGGACCUGGCCGCCCUGCUCCCCGAUCUCUCUGGCCGUCUCCUCAUCAACUCCGUCUUCCACGUGGGCGCCGAGCGGCUGCAGCAGAUGCUCUUCUCGGACUCGCCCUUUCUGCAGGGCUUCCUGCAGCAGUGCAAGUUCACAGACGUGACCUUGAGCCCCUGGAGCGGGGACAGCAAGUGCCACCAGCGCCGGGUGCUCACCUACACCAUCCCCAUCAGCAACCCGCUGGGUCCCAAGAGCGCCUCCGUGGUGGAGACGCAGACGCUGUUCCGGCGCGGCCCGCAGGCGGGCGGCUGCGUGGUGGACUCGGAGGUGCUGACGCAGGGCAUCCCCUACCAGGACUACUUCUACACAGUCCACCGCUACUGCAUCCUGGGCCUUGCCCGGAACAAGGCCCGCCUCCGGGUGUCCUCUGAGAUCCGCUACCGGAAGCAGCCGUGGAGCCUCGUGAAGUCCCUCAUCGAGAAGAACUCGUGGAGCGGCAUCGAGGAAUACUUCCACCACCUGGAGCGGGAGCUCGCCAAGGCUGAGAAGCUGUCCCUGGAGGAAGGUGGGAAGGACGGCCGGGGACUGCUGUCAGGCCUGCGGCGGCGGAAGCGGCCCCUGAGUUGGAGGGGUCACGGCGACGGGCCCCAGCACGCGGAGCCCGACCCCUGCACCCGCGCUGGCAUGCACACCUCGGUCUCCCUCAGUUCCCGCUUCUCGGAACCGUCCGUGGACCAGGGCCCUGGGGCGGGCAUCCCCAGCGCCCUGGUUCUCAUCAGCAUCGUCCUCAUCGUCCUCAUCGCCCUCAAUGUCCUCCUCUUUUACCGUCUCUGGUCCCUGGAGAGGACGGCCCACACUUUUGAGACGUGGCACAGUCUGGCCCUGGCCAAGGGCAAGUUCCCGCAGACGGCCACGGAGUGGGCGGAGAUCCUGGCUCUGCAGAAGCAGUUCCACAGCGUGGAGGUGCACAAGUGGAGGCAGAUCCUGCGUGCCUCCGUGGAGCUCCUGGACGAGAUGAAAUUCUCACUGGAGAAGCUACAUCAAGGCAUCACUGUCCCAGACCCUCCUUUCGACUCCCAGCCACAGCCUGACGACAGCUUCUCUUGAGGACGCCUGGCCAAGCGGCUGUCCCCCCAAACCGACAGAUGGACACAGAGCCUCGGUGGCCACUGCUGGCACGGUGUGAGCACCGGGAGCCUGCCGCCCACCCCUCCCAGUGGCCUGACCAGGGGCCACGCAGACUUGGGGACCACAGAAGAUGCACUUUAGACCAGCGUGUGCGAGUCCAGCUGCCAUCACCUGCCCAGCCAGGGAGCUGGCCUUGCUGUUGGCAGGCACCCCGCUAACUUAUUUUGCCCAGCUGAGGUUGUGGGGGGCACCUCCUGGGGUGCACAGUUCCCUCAGCUCUGGGUUUAAUGUAUUAUAUUUAUUUGGGGCUGACAGCCCCAAUAAAGGGUUGGAAAUGGC